AUGCCCACUCAUUGCUGUGUCCCUGAAUGUAACCAAAAAGGUGUAAAAUCGCCGACGGGUUUUUUUGAAUUUCCAAAUCAAUCUUCACUGAGAAAGAGGUGGAUUCACGCGAUCCAAGGAGACGGAGGAAAGAACUGGCAGAUCACUCGAGACACGAAAGUUUGCUCUUUGCAUUUUAGACGAGAAGAUCUUAGAAAGUCGCUCGCUGGACGAACUUAUCUUGUGGAUGGAUGUGUACCGUCAAGAUUUGCUUGGUCUAUUCCAUCCCCAAGGAAAAGAAAAGCACCAACUGAAAGGUUGCCUUUGCCAAUUCCCUUGUCUUCGAAGAAGCGGUUGUUUACAUCCGACACGUCGUCUGAAAUCAACAUCGCGUCUUCAGCUGUUGAAAGUUCAAAUGAAAUAUUUCCCAGUACAAGUGGAGGCAACGAAACAAAUGAGCCCGGUAUUAGUGUCGAGAAGCGGUUGAUUACAUCCGACACUUCUGCUGAAAUCAACAUCGCGUCUUCAGCUGUUGAAAGUUCAAAUGAAAUAUUUCCCAGUACAAGUGGAGGGAACGAAACAGAUGAGCCCGAUAUUAGUGUCGAGAGUAACGUGGAAAUGGAUCAAGGAAAGAAAGUCGAGGAUCUGGAGGCUAGACUUUUACAAUCUGAAAAGGAGCUUGCGAUCCUUCGAAAGGAACUGGAAAGAAAGAUUAUCGAAAACGAACAGCACCAGGAGACACUGUCGUCCCGUUUAUUUUCUCUUGAUCGCUUCAAGUCCAAUGCGGAUGUUAAUUUUUAUACUGGCCUUCCUAAUUAUGCUACUCUCAUAAGUAUUUUUGAAUUUUUGAAUCCUGGUGAGGAUUGUGAAAACAUUCGCUCCAGGAUCAGCUCAGACGUUCCUGAGGAGUUUUACAACUCUGAAUCUGACGACGAGGAAGAUACGUCGACAACCAAGAGAGGACGCCGCCGAAAACUUAAGCCUUUAGAGGAAUUUUUUAUUGUUCUGUGUCGCUUAAGGAGAGGAUUUUCUGAGCGACAUCUAGCUAACUUAUAUGGUGUGGCACAAUCAACAGUGAGCAGAAGUUUUAUCCAGUGGAUUAAUUUCAUGUACUUGAAGUUUGGACAAAUCUGCAUUUGGCCGUCUAAAGCUGUUGUACAACAAACCAUGCCUCUUGAUUUUAAGGAGAAAUUUCCCAAUACAAGAGUCAAAAUAGACUGUACGGAAGUGUUUUGUGAAAUGCCAAGUAGUCUACUUUUAAAUUCUGAACUAUUCAGCUCCUACAAAAAUCAUGUGACAUUAAAAGGACUAGUUUGAAUUUCUCCAAGUGGUGCCAUCACUUUUGUGAGCCAAUUAUACACAGGCAGUAUUUCUGACAGGGAAAUUGUUGUGCGAAGUGGGCUACUGUCACAAGCAUUUGAUGAUGGUGACUCGGUCAUGGCUGACAAAGGAUUUCAGAUUCAAGAUAUUUUGCCCUUGGGUGUUACCCUUAACAUCCCACCAUUUCUCGGAGGAGACAGCCAAAUGUCAGCGGAGGAUGUAGUGCGGACACAGCAAAUUGCAAGUCUAAGGAUUCAUGUGGAAAGGGCAAUAAACAAGAUUAAGAACUUCCGUAUCUGGCAGAGAGUUGUACCAUUAAGUUUAUUCGGAGUCGUUAACCAGAUGUGGAGUGUGUGUGCUUUUAUGUGCAAUGUUCACGAUCCGCUUAUUUCUGGAUAA